AUGACAAAAAGAAAGCCAGACCAAACAAAAAGCGACGUUUCUGUGGCUAGCGACAAAAAGCGUAUCAAAAUCAAACAGAUCGAAAGUAUCAUUCCUGAUCUGAAAUACUACAGUAGACUAAGCAAGAGUAAAGUAUCUAUUCCGAGUGCUUUCCAUAAGACACAUAGACCUGAAUUUAUUAAGGGAUUAGAGUUUGUUUUGAAUAAAGAUCCAUCCUUAGAUGCCUAUAUUAAGCAAGGACCUUUUGAUUCAGGAUUGAAGACAGCCACUAAAGUUGAUGAAAAGGAUAGUGAGUUCUAUUUCGAGAAGCUUGCAAGUGGGUUGAUUUCACAGCAGCUCAGUGGAAAGGCUGCCAGUUCGAUCAAGCAGAAAUUGGUGGAAAAUGUGAGUCAAGACGGGAAAUCGUUUCCUCUAACUAGUGAUUUCUAUUCUAGAAAAGAAGAGGAGUUAAGGACAUACGGAUUAUCAAUGAAGAAAGGAGAAUAUAUUCGAAGACUCUCCAAAGCCUUUAUGAAGGAUUUUGAUAUUGACGAGAUCGAAGAGGGUGUGAAAUUUGAUAAAGACUACUUUAGUAAAAUAGAUGACGUUAAUCUCCGAUUAGAUUUGGAAAAGUUUAAAGGAGUUGGACCUUGGUCUUCGUCAAUGUUUGCUAUGUUUGCUAUGGGAAGAUUGGAUAUCUUUGAGGCUUCUGAUUUAGGGAUCCGGCGAGGAUUCACGGUGUAUUUAAAGAAUAGACCAGAGUUACAGAAAGAAGUUGAAGGGUUAUUCAGUGAGGGUACUGUUUCUAGGAUGAAACGAAAGCCUAGUAUUGGAAAGCAGAAGUAUAUAAAUGAUUAUGAGUUGAUGAAUGUUGUUGCACAUCAGUUUAAGCCGUAUAGAUCUGUGUUUAUGUUUGUUUUGUGGCGUAUGAGUGAUACUAUUGUUGAGGCGUUGACAUAG